AUGUCUACUCUCAUUGCAAGAAACUUCAUCAAAUUGAGCUCUGUUCGUUCUUUGGCCACCAGCAGCUCGAACCUCACUUCCGCAUCGAAGCUUGACAGAGCCACCUUCACCAUCAGAAACGGGCCUGUGUUUGAUGGCUACUCCUUCGGUGCCAACAAAAACGUGUCUGGUGAGGCUGUGUUCACGACCUCCAUCGUUGGGUACCCUGAGUCUAUGACCGAUCCUUCUUACAAGGGUCAGAUUCUGGUCUUUACACAACCUUUGAUUGGUAACUACGGUGUCCCAUCCGGCGAGACCCGUGACCAGUACAACCUUCUCAAGUACUUUGAGUCUCCACACGCACAAUGUAUCGGUAUUGUUGUCGCUGACGUUGCUCUCAAGUACUCGCAUUGGACAGCUGUCCAAUCCUUGAGUGAGUGGUGCCAAAAGGAGGGUGUUGCUGCCAUCACCGGUGUUGACACCAGAGCCAUCGUCACUUUCUUGAGAGAACAAGGUUCUUCUCUUGCCCGUAUCUCCAUUGGUGAAGAGUACGACGCCGAUGAGGACGAAGCCUUUGUUGAUCCUGGCUCUGUGAACCUGGUUCACAAGGUUUCCACCAAGGCACCAUUCCACGUUGCCUCAACUGGUGAUUACCACGUUGCCGUUAUUGACUGCGGUGUCAAGGAGAACAUUUUGAGAUCCCUUGUCUCUAGAGGUGCCUCUGUUACAGUGUUCCCUUACGACUACCCAAUCCAGGAGAUUGCAAGCAACUUUGACGGUAUCUUCAUCUCCAACGGUCCAGGUGAUCCAACCCACUGUUCCUCCACAGUCUACAACUUGCAGAAGACCAUGGAAUCAUACCAGGGGCCAAUCUUCGGUAUCUGUCUCGGUCACCAGCUCCUUGCCUUGGCUGCCGGUGCAAAGACCGUCAAGAUGAAGUACGGUAACAGAGCACACAACAUUCCAGCUCUGGACUUGACCACGGGUAAAUGUCACAUCACCUCUCAAAACCACGGUUACGCCGUUGAUGAGACUACCCUACCAGCUGACUGGAAGCCAUACUUUGUUAACCUGAACGACCAGUCCAACGAAGGUAUGAUCCACACCUCAAGACCAAUCUUCUCCACACAAUUCCACCCAGAGGCUAAGGGUGGUCCAUUGGACUCCUCCUAUUUGUUCGACAAGUACUUUGACAACAUUAGAGACUACAAGCUCAAACAGGGCGAGCUUGUUGGCGCUGUCAGCAACAAGCCAAACGACUUGUUGGUCAACAUCUUGUCCAAGGUGAGAGUCCAAUGA